AUGGCAGCUCAAGACAUAGCGGGGGGGCGGUGGAGGACCCGCUAUGAGAAGCUAACUAGGACCGAUGAGAAGGCGGCAAGGCCUAGGCGGCGUUGGGUGACAAGAAUGAAUGGGAAACUUAAAGGCCUCCGGCUAUCACCGCCGAGGAGGCUGAAUUGGAAGGCAUUUUCCAUCGUUAUCUUGCCCAGAAGGGUCAGUGAGAUUUACUCUAAUAUUGUCAAGGAGAUCAUGAAGAUGGAUGAUAUAUGCCCGGCAAUCGUGUUCUCCGGCCAGUGGGGGCUUCCAGUUCUGUCUCAUUCCAAUGCUAAGUACAGGGCUUCCAUCUCCCUUCACAGAAGCCUUGCUUGCUAG